AUGUCUCUCGCGGGCAAAGUCGCCAUCCUCAGUGGUGCCUCCAAAGGCAUCGGCAAAGCCGCCGCUCUGCGCCUCGCACAAGAAGGCGCCAGCGUCGCGAUAGGCUACCACUCCGACGCCGCGGGGGCGCAGGAAGUCGUGGACGCGGUGGGCGCGGACCGCGCCGUCGCGAUCCAAGUGAACGCGGGCAAAGUGCCCGAGCUCGCGCACUUCGUGGCUCAAACCGUCGCGAAAUUCGGCAAGAUCGAUCUCGUCGUCGGUGCGGCGGGGAUGAUGACCAUGGGUACGGUAGAGACUCUCACGGAGGAAGGGUUCGAUGAGCUCUUCGCGCUGAACGUCAAGGGGCCCUUGUUCCUCGUCCAGAAAGCACUACCGCAUAUGGCGCCCGGCUCGCAUGUUGUUCUGUUGUCCACGACGCUCUGUGUGGCGUCGACGAUUCCGCCGCCGUACCUGAGCUACGUCUCCAGCAAAGGGGCCAUCGAGCAGAUGACCCGUGUGCUCUCCAAGGAUCUUGGGAGGAGGGGCAUCGCGGUGAACUGUGUGGCUCCUGGGCCGACGGCGACGGAGCUGUUUAACCAGCAUCAGACAGAGCAGUCGCUGGCGUUCUUGCGGAAUUCGAAUCCGAAUGGGCGCAUCGGGGAGCCGGAGGAUAUCGCGGGGAGCAUCGUGUUUCUGUGUAGUAGUGACAGUCGGUGGGUGAUGGGGCAGACGCUCAGAGUGAAUGGUGGGAUGGCUUGA